GAAGAAGCGACUGGCCGGCAGGCGAGCAUGGCCGAGCAGCGGGGCGGAGAACCGCCGAACUAUGUCGCGCGCCUUUCCGAGUGGGCGGACGCGCAUCUCACCCUCGUCCGGAACAUAAGUACUGGAUUGGCAUUAGCUGGAGUGAUUGUACUUGCAAAGAGUAUCAAAUUGACAGCCAAAUUCACAAAUGCUUUGGAAAUACCUCCGGAAUUUAUACAGAAGAAUGUUAAACUACGUGGACAAUUACGUCGAAUAACUGAGCAAGGAUUAGAAAUUGAACAUGUACCUAUUACCCUUCCAAUCAUUUCCUCUCUACAGAAAAGAUGGCAUUCAAAUGGUUUGUUGCUUGUCAGGCUUGCUGGUGUGGACUUAACAUCUGAUGGUGUAAUCUGGCUAAAAGAAGAAAUGAAACCUUCACAAAUGAUUUGGUUCCAGCUUUUGGGCAGAAAAGAAUCAGCACUUGAUUGCUUUGUAAUAGUAAAUAAGGGGAGAUUUUCCAGUAUUUGUCUAAAUGAAGAGAUCUUGCGACAGGGGCUUGGCAAGACAGUUUGUAUUGAAGGGUUAGCUCAUGAAUCCCGGAUAUACUGGAAGCUUCACAAGAGGCUACUUCAAGCAGAAAUGAAAGCUGUGAAAAAAAAGAAAGGAAUCUGGAAAGAAGAGACAUUCAUUGAAAAGCUCAAAGAAAACAUAAGCAAUUAUAAAUUUAUCCAAAAAUUAAAGCAGUUUGCAACAUGGUUGAGAAUCCGGCUGUGAAAACAAUAACCUUUUUUGCUUGGAGGACCCUAGAUGGAGCAGGGAGCAGCAUUAUGUUAGUUUCUGUGAAAAUGAAGUAACUAAGCUCUUAAGAAGAUGAAAACAUCUGAUACCUAUAUCUUAAGAACAUGUGCUUUAUUCAAUACCCAUAAUUAUUGUUAAAAGUUUUAAUCUAAGCUUUUUCAUACUGAAGAACCCUCUUUAGGCUGCCUUACUAUCCCAGAGGAGAAAACACAAAAUAUAAUGUGAAUAUAAAGGGAAUAUGGAAAUACUGCUGAUGUAUUUUACAAAGAUUGCGUGAAACAUCAUGGCAAAAGGAAAAAAGUAAAAAAAAAAAGCAAGGCAUGUUCUCCCCCUAUCAAAUUUUGUGCAAAAAAUUACUCAGCUUUUUCGUGAUAAGACAGCCAUAAUGCUGAUGUCUGAUCUUUGGCAACUUUAUACAUGUUACUUCUAGAUGCUGAAUUUGGGUUCAUUUGGGAGACUUCUUUCUGGCUUCAGUUUAUGACAGCAGCAUUAUUUAAUGCUCUUGUGACAAUAGUCUGAUUUAGGUUCAUACUGGCACUGGUUGAAGAUGAUUAGCUGAUAAUUAUGUAAUAUUAGCCCCAUAAACAUUGUGGGUUUUGUGCUGUCUGUUCUAGAGGUGGUUCUUAAUGGAUAUCAAGAUACUACCCCCAUUCUAUAAAUAUCAAAAGUGCAGUAAUUGCAGUUCUUGGUUGGUUGCUCCUACAACUAUACCAAGUUUCUUUCAGAAAAGGUAGAAAUUAUGCCAGCCAAACUAUCUUAUCUGUACAUGGUGUAUGCUCUCUGUGGUCUGUGUCCAUGUGGCUUCAUUCCUUUUUUCUGUUUGUUUCUGUUUACUUUGUGAUGCUACAUGGAAGAAUUAAAUGGAACUGCCUAUAUAAUAAUUUGUUUAUCAAAGAGAAUAGCUAAUUUCAGAGAGACCAAUAUGUUUAAGAGUCAGUAUUACUGUUUAUGUUUUAUAGACCUAAUAUUUUAAGGGACGGAGAAGGAAGUGACAUUGAAAUUAUGGACUUGCGCUCAAGGCAAGUUUGCGUUGGUUUGAAUGUAAAGAUUAAUUGACCUGAUCAUAAGAUGUGAGCACAUGAAUAGAUUUACUUUGGUGGAACAUUAUGUAUUACUUUGUAUUCUGAACCACUUAUUUAUAUGCUUAACUAGCACUUGACAACAUUUUGAAUGAUCUUGCCAAUGCAGGUAAUAAAUAUAGAGAAUAUAGCUACAUUGAGAAUUAAAUC